GGGGCGGUAGUUUUAAAAUUCCCGGUUAUUGAACCGCUGCUGUCUAUCGUGUAGUUAGCUAACGUUAACCGUCAUAGCCAGCCGCUGAGAUAUGUUUUCUGCCUUAAAGGACUGUAACAUGACUUAUUUUGAAAAGGAUAUCAAGUUGUAUUGGCUAUAAAAUUAGCUAACGUUAGCUGGGCAACACACGUUCCGUACCGUACUACAUUUCAACUGAGAGGCUAGCUUCCUAUCACAAGAUUACAGCGACACUGAACAGUUAAAGUUAUUUCAUCUAGAAACUCAAUGUUACGUUAGUCAGUUAGCAGAGGUUAAUACGCAUCAUUGCACUUAAUCAGGAAUAGCCAUGGAAGUGGGAACUGUCGUGCAGGAAGAGAUGAAAUUUCGCGGAGUGGAAUUCUCCAUAAAGACGGAGCUGGAGGAAGGCUUGCUGACGGUGGAGAUUUCGGACGUUAUGACAGCUGACCAGUGGCGAGGGGAGUUUGAUCCUGCCUAUAUUGAGGACCUCACGCGCAAGACGGGCAAUUUCAAACAGUUUCCCAUCUUCUGUAGCAUGCUGGAAUCUGCAGUCAGCAAGAGAAGUGAGGCGGUGGCGCUGGACCUCCUGACCUAUGCUGACCUGGAGCUGCUCCGUAACCGGAAGGCCGGCGUUGUGGGACGCCCCCGGGGCCAGCAGCAGUCGCCCGCCCUGAGUGCCAAACGCUACCUCAUCCUCAUCUACACUGUGGAGUUCGACAGGAUACACUAUCCAUUACCCCUGCCAUAUAUGGGGAAGCCCGACCCAGCGGCCCUUCAGAAAGAGAUCCGAGCGUUGCGGGCUGAACUAAGCGCUCUUUCUCACAGAGGAGACACCAGACCAUCAGAUUAUGAGACUCGCCGACUAAGAGCCGAACUGGCUCUGGUCAGAGAGGAGAAGGAGGCCCUGGCCAAGGCUCUGGAGCGUCUGCAGGGGGCGGGGGCGGGGGCCACCCCAGGGGCGGCCAUAGGGCUGCGGGACGCAGUGCGGAGCCUGGAGGAACAGCUGCUCCGAGAAAGAGCCAAGAGCCAGCGCUCCGCCAGCAAGAGAGGUCAGGAGCAGCGCGUCCUCAUGGAACAGGUCAGAUCACACACACUCGCACACUCACACACACACACACACACUUUAUAUACGCACAGGGAAGCCCCAAUUUCCCAACUACGUAAGGCCCGUCUGGCUACACGCUACUUGAGCUUGUGUAUGUUUACCGUUUUAGUGUAUGUUUGCUGUAGUCGUUUCCGUGGUGUUGUCCACAGGAGGGCGACCCCUCUGUCCGGCGGCUGCGGCGGCUCGCGGGGCGACGCGGAGCUUCGGCGCUCCUCCUCCAGGGAGCGCCGCGUGAGCCGCAUGAUCGCCAGGGCUCGCUCCGGAUCCCGUGAGCGCAUUGACGACAGGGGUCGAAAGUCGGAGGAGAGGGGCAGGAGAGCCGAUUCCACAGGCCCACGCUCCUACAUCGCUCGACCCUCCCCUUCUCCCACAGGAUCAAGGACUCCCAGGUUCGAUCCGACUGCGUUCAUCCAGGAGCGACAGCGUCGGCAGAGAGAGGCAGAGCUCAAAAAUCAGCGUAAGGUCCGGCGGGACAUGCUGGCGUCUCCGUCGCUGGUGGAGCGUGGACGCUCUCGCUCGCGGGAGCUCGGCGUCCAGCUGGUGCGAACGGGCAGUGGUGGGCGGGGCCGCAGCCUCUCGGUGGAGAGCCGCAGGAGCCAGCGGUCCUCAGGGAGCUCCAUCACCGAGCUGGACGAGCUGGCCAAACCCCUGGCAUCACGUGGGAGAAAAGUCAUCUACAACGGUCCCUCCUCGACGAGAGGCAGACAUCUGACCAAGAAGCCCAUGUGUAGCACACCAACCCGGAGGAUGAGGAUGAAUGACCGAGAAACAUCCAUUGACACCGGGGCAGACCUAUCGGAGAUUGACGCUCGACUUCAGGCCUUGCAGGACUACAUGCGAGAGCUGGACACUGGACAUUGAUGUUUUUAAACGUACAUUCCCUGCAGGACUAUGUGCGGGAGCUGGACAUUGAUGUUUUUAAACGUACAUUCCCUGUGUGCACUAAGCUACUGUUGUGGUGGAGGAGGAGGAGGACUGUUACCACAUGGUGAAGAAGCUACUGUUGGGGA